UGGAGGACGCUCGGCGCCGCGUUGCUCCUCCCACCGCGGCGCCUGUGUGGGCCAAGCCUGCAGAGCCGGGCGGCUUGGCCGAGUGAAGGUGGUCGCGGCGCCCCGAGGGGUCGGAGCGCUGAGCUUGCCGCCGCUUCCGCCUCGCGCCGCCUGACCCGCGACCUCAGACCUUCGAUUCUGUGGCUCGGCCCGCGCGCCCUAGGCCCGGCCCGGGCGGCGCGACGGGAGGAUGAGCGGCGGGCGGCGGAAGGAGGAGCCGCCUCAGCCGCAGCUGGCCAACGGGGCCCUCAAAGUCUCGGUCUGGAGCAAAGUGCUGCGGAGCGACGCGGCCUGGGAGGACAAGGAUGAGUUUUUAGAUGUGAUCUACUGGUUCCGACAGAUCAUUGCUGUGGUUCUAGGUGUUAUUUGGGGAGUAUUGCCAUUGCGAGGCUUCCUGGGAAUAGCAGGUUUCUGCCUGAUCAAUGCAGGAGUCUUGUACCUCUACUUCAGCAACUACCUACAGAUAGAUGAGGAAGAAUAUGGUGGCACAUGGGAGCUCACGAAAGAAGGGUUUAUGACAUCUUUUGCCUUGUUCAUGGUCAUUUGGAUCAUCUUUUACACUGCCAUCCACUAUGACUGAUGUUGUACAGCCCCCACCUGCUACCUGUCCAGUCCAAAGGACCCUCUUAGUUACAGCUCAGAAACAUGAUUGUAGAGGGAGGGCAUCCAAGCGAAAGGGCGCCUGCAGCACCCAUGUUCUCUGGACCAAGAAUCAGUGUGUUGGGCACCAGUGUUUUCUGCAAGGUUUGUGACCUGAAGCUUUUUAAAAGAAUCAUCUACCUUUUGAGGAAGCAUUUCUGAAUUGUCCAUCACCAAGCAUUUCUUCUUGGAUACUGUCAUGAAACACCUGUUUACUGAUUGGAGCUGUCAUUUAAUUUGAUGCACCUCUGGAUCCGGAUGAAACAUUAAAUUGUCUUCCUCAUUCUCCAUCAGGUGUACAGUUUUUACACUAUCAGUGGCAUUUCAAGUCUUCUGAAAACAGUAUGGCAGUAUGUACGUGAUCCACAGCACAAUGCAAGCAUCACUUAAUACAUUUCCAUUGUAGAAUAUUUUCAGAUAUUUGAAUAAAUCGGAUCUUUAAUUGAGAA